GAACUGAGUGGAGUCAGAGAGCAGACACACUGUCGGAGGAGAAGGGAUACCUACCUGUUGGACAGCAGCGGAGUCUGGUUUAAAUUAAUAUUACUUCGUUUGACUUUCUUUACUUCACCUGUUUUCUACUCGGAGACGGUCAGAACCUGAGGCUUCAGGAUGACAGACACUCUUUUACCAAACGGCAUUAAAGGCAGUGGAGGAGAAAACACCUACUUCAAAAAGGGUUGUAGCCCGUUCGCCCAGACUGGACGAAGCAAACUGCAGAAUAAGCGAGCCGGUCUGAACCAGGAGAUCAUCAAACAGAUGAGGAUGAGAGCCGGAGCUGAGAACCUGCUGAAGGCUUCAUCCAACAACAAAGUCAAAGAGAUGGUUCUACUGGAGUUGAGCUACGUUAACUCCAACCUGCAGCUCCUGAUGGGAGAGCUGGAGGGACUCAACAGCUCAGUGGAGGUGUACCAGAACACCCAGGAAACAUCCAACAUCCCCCUCAUUGCUUUGGGCCUCAAGGAGACUAAAGAAGUUGAUUUCUCCUCUUUCUUCAAGGACUUCAUCUUGGAGCACUACAGUGAAGACGGGAACAGUUAUGAAGACGAGAUUGCUGACCUGAUGGACCUGCGACAGGCUUGCAGAACACCGAGUCGAAACGAGACUGGAGUGGAACUGCUGGCAAAAUACUUCAGCCAUCUUCCUCUGAUGGAGAGCCGAUUCUUCUCACCCUCCCGCCAGACGGGCAUCUUCUUCACCUGGUAUGACUCCUUUACAGGAGUGCCUGUAUGUCAACAGAACUUGUCUCUGGAGAAGGCCAGCAUCCUCUUCAACAUGGCCGCCCUUUACUCACAGAUUGGCACCCGAAGUGACCGCCAGACGAUCGUCGGCUUGGAGGAGGCCAUCUCAUCAUUUCAGAAAGCUGCAGGGACCCUGAACCACCUGAAGGAGACAUUCACCCACACUCCCAGCUACGACAUGAGUCCAGCCAUGCUCAGUAUGUUGAUCCGCAUGAUGCUCGCUCAGGCUCAGGAGUGUCUGUUUGAGAAAAUGGCUCUGCCCGGGAUCAGAAACCAGUUCUCCUCCCUCAUGAAAAUGGCUCAGGAGGCAGCAAAGGUCUCAGAGCUCUACGAUCAAGUCCACCAGUCCAUGAUCCAGACGCCAAUCAAAGACAAUGUGCCGUUUUUCUGGUCCACCAUGUCACAAGUGAAAACCAACCACUACCGCUCCAUGGCACACUACUUUGUGGCCUCAGCGCUCCUGGACCACCACUUGGGUCCCAGUGAUGAUGAGGACCAGCAGGAGAAGACUUUAUCCCAGGUGUAUGAUCGUCUUCCUGAGGGACGCUCCCCUCUGGACAUCCUGAAAAACGAAGAGGAACGUAAACGCAUCGGUAAAGCACACAUCCGCCGGGCCAUCCUGGGUCACGAGGAGGCCCUGAGGAUCUACAGUUUGUGCCAUCACCUGAACAAGAUGGACAUCCUGCAGGAAAUUUUAAAAGCCAGCCUCGGGCGCUCGCUCCAAAAGUUUGAGGAAAAUGAAAAUGAAGAAGAGUUCACUGACUACACGGAGGCCCCGGACAUCAUCUCUAAAACAGAGCACAAAGCAGAGAUGGAGGUUCCUGCUGCCACAAAGGUGAAAGUCACAGACUUCUUCCAGCGGCUGGGUCCUCUGUCAGUCUUCUCAGCCAAGCAGCGGUGGACGGCCCCACGGACAAUAAGACUCCGCCCAGAGGACAGAGACCUGGGCUUCACCCUGAAAGGAGAAUCACCUGUCCAGGUGGUUUCGUUGGACCCCCUCUGCCCAGCUGCUGCUGACAGUCUGAAAGAGGGUGACUACAUCAUCGCUGUGGGUGACACAGACUGUAAAUGGAUGGGUGUGGGUGAGGUGAUGCGUCUGCUGAAGGACGUGACCGAGGAAGGGAUUGACAUGCAGGUUGUCAGCAUUAUGGAAAACAACGCCCAAAUGCCUACCAAGAGUGCCACUUUCUGUGGGAAUCUGCCUAAGACCUACUCCAUGAUCUGCCUGGCCCACGAUGACGACGAGAAGAAGUCUCGCAAAGUAUCGAAGAAGUUGUCCUUCAUCAGCUGGGGUCUGAAGAACAAGCUGAAGAGCGCCAGCACCCUGAGCCUCCCCACAGCCGAUAACUCCGGAGCUCUUCCCUGGAACAAACCCUGCCCUACCUUCCCCAGCUCCAGCUCCUACAACAAUGACAGCGCCCUCUACUGAGCUUGCUGCAGACUGAACACUGUCUACGCAGAUCAAGCCUUGUAUGGCUGUGUACUGUACUGUGCUGUUCCCAUACUGGACCUGUUCUUGCGAUGGUACAGCACCGGUGCCCAACAGUAGUGUAUAGCUGUUAAGUCCCCAGUGUAAUGAUAACACUGCAAACAGCGACCUCGGAAAGUGGCAGUGCCAAAUACUGUUUAUAUGCAGGUGCCUUUGUUGGUAGAUGGGCGCCUUCACAGCACAGUUCAGUGAACGAGAUUGUACACCAAAAAAUAACCAUAACAAAAAUGUACCAUUCCAGUAUGCCUUCAACAAUAGACUGUAUAAAAGAAGUAGACGUGACUCACCCAUUGGUUUAGAAUCCACCUUCGAGGCCGCAAAUUUCACAUUGUGACUGUCACUGUCUGACUGUCACUUGUUAUUUUUCAGACUAGAGAUGACCAUGUUCUGACAACAGGCUUUGUCAAGUCUUAAUCCUUGGUGACAGGUCUCUGUGGUAGCUACUUGUCAAUCACAGCAAGCAACAUCCAGAAGCAAACCCUACUUUACUGUAAAUUAUACUCUAGAUUAGUCAAUCAUUUCCAAAUUGAUGUCAUGCUGUUUUAAAAUGAGAUUUGAAACUAGUGAUUUGCACUUCAACUGCAUAGGAAAAUGUAAAUUCAGGUAAAUCAUUUUGCACUUCAUUUAGCAACUAAAGGAGUCUUCCCCUGCUGGCCAUUAUUAAAAAAAGAAGAUGCAGGUUUAAGUCAUUUCAGCAUUGGCUUCACUUUUCAAAUCCAAGAGGCUAUCUCCACUUCUUCUAUACAGUCUAUGUGCACAGCACAGUACAGCUGCACUGUUGGAAAAACACACCAGUUAUCAUUCAAGUCUGUAAAUACUCAGCACAGGCAAGUCAAGCUGUCUUCUUAGUGCGUUUCCUUUAAGAAAUGCUCCAGACAAAUUGAGGGACAAAAACAAAGUUGAACAAACACACCCAGCGACGGGGGUAUUACUCAACAGCAAGGGGGUAAUUUAACUGUGGCUUAAGCAGUCCUUUGUUAGCUCCAUUGUGUACUGAUGUAACUGUGCACUGUGCAGUUCUGUUAUCUGUGUCUGUUUCAUACUUUUAAUGUAAAGGAUUCUGUCAUGAUCUAUGGAUAAUGUUUUUUUCUAAACAGAUAUGUAGAUGAUAUGAACCUUGUUGCAGUAUGUUACACAAUGAUUGAGGGAUAUCCAACUGGGUUGUAUAGUUGUUUGUCUGGGGAGUGUUUAAAUAAGCUGCUAAAAAAUCAUACAUAUACCAUAGUUAUGUAUAAAUGUCACUUUCUAUUUGUGAGACAGCCUUUUAGGAUUAUGAUUGAUUGAAUGUCAUGGCUGGGAAACAGUGGAAAUGGAAACAUUGGUAUUUUCGGUUUGCUUGUUGCACCGGUUGUGCCUCUCAGACCAAAAUGCCUCCAUGUCCCUGAUAUGCGCGGUUGUAUCAUCUACCAUCCUGACUCAUGUUACUCUGUUCUGUCGCUCUUUCCCUCUGUCACAGUUUGUGCAUUUGUAAGAAGAGAACAUGCUGUGUCUCUCUGUUAAUGUGAAUCUAAAUGUAGUUAAAGGUUGUUUCGUCUCCAGAAGGGAAGAAUGUGGACAGACCAGCGAUAGCCGGGCACCCAACAGUGACUUUGAUCAAAGUCCACAGUCAGGUUUUGUCUGCAUCAUAGUCAAAUCCCACAUUUAACUGACACUUUUCCGUGUUGGACUAUCUCUUUAUCUACAAAGUAGAUUCCUAUACACAUUUGAUAAUCAAAUUAUUUAUGAUAUUAAAAAAACUACACACAAAAAAUAUAAAUAUGUACUUGUAUGUAAUUGUAGGAUUAUUUUUUUUGUGAAUGGUCAAGUUGUGAAUAUUUGCACGUUGGAUUUCUUGGUUGGUUUCUUGGAGGAAUGUAUUUUACUAGCCUUGCUUAAUCCUUUGGUGAAUUUAUAAUCUGGUACAUGUUGUCUUUGUAAAGAUAUUUUGAGAUGUAAAAACUGAGAAGAUGUAACACUCUUUAUUGUCUCUGUUUACCUAUGAUAGUGUCUUAAGUGCCAUGUAUGCUAAAUCAUGAAGGAAAAUAUCACGUGCGUAAUUAAUAUUAAUAAGUGCUAACUAAAUGUGCUAACAGUGGCGUGUGUACAAACACAGAUUAAGCUGAAACAGAUCUUUCUAAGCAUUUUACAGUGCUUAGUGAUCCUGAAUGCCUUGAUGUAUAUGCAGAGGGUUAUGGUACCUUUUCUUCAAUAGGUUUUAAGUUUCCUUUGCUUGUUUCUGUGUACUUUUUGCUACAUAGCAACUGUGGUAUGAAUGCAUUGUGUCUUGUGCAUAAAAGCAAGUAUCAAUAAAAGAAGGGGUCAAAACACUA